AUGAGGCAGUAUGUAUCGAUUGAGACCGAUGGCCAGGGCAUCGAUUUGGUGCAAUGCAAUUACUUUAACAGCGCCGCUCGGCUCGCAACUCUGCGCUCCGGACUUCGGCGUGGCUCCGCGCACGUCGGCACCGGCGCCGGUUAUGGCGACGCAAAUGGGACCCCGCUCGUUCGACCUCCGCUCGUCCAACCCCCAUGGAAGCAAUCCUCCUCAGCCCCGUGCCCCCACAUAAUUGACAUGACGUGCGUGAUGAAUGGAGAAGGGGAGACGAUCCGUAUCGGCGGCCAAGGGAAUAACCGCGAUCAAUCCCCCUCUUCUACGCUUGCUUUCACACACUCUAUCCUCAUUGUGAAAUCCAAGCAACUUGACACGGGCGUUUUGAGACAUCUUCAUCCGCAGCAUAAUUACAUCACGGUUUUGAGCAUACUUGUAUAG